AUAUAUAUCUACAACCUACCUAAACUCAAAACAGCAAACACAAUAACAAAGAAGGUCAAUACUCAAUGGCAUUUGCAUAUAAACCAUUGCAUCUUCUUUUGCUGUUAUCCUUCUCAACAUGUUGUUUCUCAUCAACUAGCACCGUUUCAUCGGCUAAACCUCGGAGACUGGUCUCCAAACUCAUUCACCCUGGCUCAGUUCACCAUCCCCACUACAAGCCAAAUGAAACAGCCAAAGACCGAAUGGAACUCGAUAUCGAACACUCGGCUGCACGUUUAGCCUACAUACAAGCGAGGAUAGAAGGUUCUUUGGUCUAUAAUAAUGACUACACAGCUAGUGUUUCUCCCUCCUUAACUGGCAGAACCAUACUGGUCAAUCUCUCAAUAGGCCAACCCUCCAUCCCACAACUAGUAGUUAUGGACACUGGCAGUGACAUCUUGUGGAUCAUGUGCAACCCUUGCACAAACUGUGACAACCAUUUAGGUCUACUCUUUGACCCCUCAAUGUCUUCCACCUUUUCCCCACUGUGCAAAACACCCUGUGGCUUCAAGGGCUGUAAAUGUGACCCUAUUCCUUUCACCAUCUCUUAUGUGGACAACUCCUCUGCCUCAGGAACAUUUGGCCGCGACAUUCUUGUCUUCGAGACAACAGAUGAAGGUACCUCUCAGAUAUCUGAUGUAAUAAUUGGAUGUGGUCACAACAUCGGAUUUAAUUCGGAUCCCGGGUACAAUGGAAUACUAGGACUAAACAAUGGACCUAACUCUUUGGCAACACAAAUUGGCCGAAAGUUCUCUUACUGCAUAGGCAACCUGGCUGAUCCAUAUUACAAUUACAACCAAUUGAGACUAGGUGAAGGGGCAGAUCUUGAAGGCUAUUCCACACCUUUUGAAGUGUACCAUGGCUUUUAUUAUGUCACCAUGGAAGGCAUAAGUGUAGGGGAAAAAAGGCUUGACAUAGCUCUAGAAACAUUUGAGAUGAAAAGGAAUGGCACAGGUGGAGUGAUCCUUGACUCAGGGACCACUAUCACCUACCUAGUUGACAGUGCGCAUAAAUUACUAUACAAUGAAGUUAGAAAUCUCCUUAAAUGGUCCUUUAGACAAGUUAUAUUUGAAAAUGCUCCAUGGAAGCUGUGUUAUUAUGGGAUUAUAAGUAGAGAUCUAGUUGGGUUUCCAGUGGUUACAUUCCAUUUUGUUGAUGGAGCAGAUUUGGCUUUGGACACAGGAAGCUUUUUUAGUCAACGCGAUGACAUAUUUUGCAUGACUGUAAGUCCAGCCAGCAUCCUUAACACUACAAUUAGUCCUUCAGUUAUUGGAUUGCUAGCCCAGCAGAGCUACAACGUGGGAUAUGACCUAGUUAAUCAAUUUGUUUACUUCCAAAGAAUUGAUUGUGAACUUCUUAGCGGUUGA